GGUCUUGUCCUGAACUGCUUGGAUACUAGUUUCACUCGAAACAUCAACACAGUUACCCGGGAAAGGUAUUAUUACAUGCGUUAUUUACGCGAGUCUUUUGAAAAACACCCAAUCUAUAAUAUUUAAUUACGUCGGACCAAUUUGAAAAUCACACUGAGCGCAUGUCACGGGAAAAAGUUCUUAGCCUAGUUGGCAUAAGUACUAGCUAACAUCGGUUUGCUAACUUAGCUGCUAACGUUAGCGAACAGUCAGCUGAGCAAGUCGGAAGAAGUUUGGAUUUCACCAAUAUGACGGGAUUAUAAUGGACAUGGGUGUCUUCCUUCUUCAAAGUACCAACUAAAAGGAGAAGAUGAGGAGAAGCAAGAAGGCAGAAGCGGUAAUACAAUCGUCUGGCCCAAAUCUCAAAGCUCAUGAUGUCAGUGCUGAGCUAUCAUCUGCAUGGAAAAGCUUGACACAGUCCAAAGCGGCUUUGCGGCAGAUAGAAAACAAACUAGAAGCAGGUCCAGGAACCGGGGUUUUACUGGAGUCUAUUAAGGCGCCUUCUAAGAAAAAAACAUUGAGAAAAGAUGAAUGCAAAGAUGGACAACAAUGUGAUCAAAAAGAAAAAGCCACAAAAAUAAGGGGUCAUAAUUCACAAAGUCCAGAAAAGAGCAACUCUCGAGGCCCUCUUCGAAAUUCCACUCAGGAGAACACUACUCGCAACACUGUGGAAUUCAGGGAGCCAUUAGCCUCCUACAGAGAGGCCACCACUCCGCCACAUCCCUCCUCUCCUCCUGACCUGUCCAGUCUACAGUCAGCGCCAGGGUCUUCGUACUCAUCCCAGCCGUCUAAUUCAAAUCCUGCUCUGAGUCAGCUUGUGUACCAGAGAGACACCAAGGACAAGCAGACUGACAGGGACUUGGAUAGCACACACUCCUCCACUAUGGAACGUAUGGAGGUCCGCUACCUCAAUGAUCUACCAGCCCUGGACACAAUGAGGACUAAUCUGCCCCACUCUCGGGCACUCACUAGAGAGGCCCUACAGUCAAACAGCUCUCUCAAAGCACAACUUCUACAGAGCACUGACAGCAAAGAAAGUGGAAGUACCCCAUCCACUAGUCCUGGUUCAGCUUCACAACGUUUAGAAAACCUAAGACGUCAUCAACCAGAUGAUAAACUGGAAAAACUAAAAGAGCGGAUCCGAAAGCAGAGACAACAUCUGGAGGAAACUGCUGAAAAAGAAAAGUUGGGUAGUUAUUUAGAACAGCCACUUAUUGGAAAUGGCAACUGUGGUACUUGCACCAUUCCGACAGUGAAAGUACGGAAAGUAGCAACUGCACCAUCUGCACCUAUUUAUAAAGGUUUCAAUACUACUGAAACUAAAAUACAGACUCCAGAUGGAAAAAUCUGGCAUGAAGAGGACUUUCACAAUCUCAGUAGAGAAAUUUAUAAAGACCUGUCUCAACGGUUUGAAGGAAGCACAAAAUCACAGCUCCAGAAAGGACAGAGAGACCUUUCCAAAGAGAGCAAAUCUCAUAAACCUGUGCGAAAAGUUCAAAAAGUUGUCCCUGCCUCUGAAUUUGCAAAGCCAGUAAUAAAUCCUGCGUCAUGGCGGGAAGGCCAGAAGCUUGUGAAGAUGGUAUUAGGCAAAGAUCCCAUGGUAACAACUGAGGAGUCCCAAAAUACUAGGAGAAAAAAUCUAAAAGGCCCCCACUGUAGAUCCAGUUCAGAUCCAUGUGCAGAACUAAAUCAACCUCAAAAUACAGCAAAGAAACCAGAGAGAAGUGAAUUUCACAAUAAUGCAAGAACCUCUUCCACGGCAGUGCAAGAACCAUCUUCUGUGCGUGUGGGCUCAGACAUGUUGUCUGUAGACAUCAAAGGGAUAUUGGACGACCUCCAACUCGAGUGCAAAACUACAGAGAGAGGUGAGCGAGUCAGAGGCACAUCCCGGCGGGGGGCAAGUCACAGACAAGGCCGAGGGAGUUCAGGCUCAAGAACAAGGGCUCCUGUCUCAACAUGGGGAACUACAUCAGCACGAGGGUGCCGUAGUGCCAGUCCGUCCUAUCGAUCAAGAGCUGUCAACAGAGUGGAGACAGGGCAGAAAAAGCGCUACUAUGAUGCAGAUAAAGUUCGUCAAUACAUUGCCCAGCAACAAGAAAAGAGAAAAAGGCAACAGGUGGAAGAAAAGAAUGCACUGAGGGAGGAGGCAGAGAAGAAGCAACAGAGACUGCAGGAGCUGUAUAGAAAGCAGAGAGAAGGUGCUAAAACAGUGGCCGCUAGCACUGCAGUACCUGCUCAAAUGCGACUUCAAGAGACCUUCAACAAACUGCUGCUGGAAGGGGCACAACUGAAGCAGGAGCCUACACAAAUGAGACCAUUGUACCAACCGUCUGGAGAGUCUGAUAAAGAAAAUAUGAGACUGGAGCAAGCUCAGAGCCCAUCAAGCAGUGACCGAUCUUUAAAUCAUCCCCCUCUCUCCAGAAAUGAUUUUGAUUUUAGAGAAGCCUCAUCAGCGCACCUUGAACAUUUAAUACCUACAACACAACCGGUGACUGGUCCUGUAUGCAGUAAUGAGCAUCUUCUUUCUCAGCUUCUCAGACUAGAGAGUGCAAUAGCGGCGAGUGAAAAGCAAACCAAACGACAUACCGCUGCACCUAGUCAUUCACCAGAGAAGAUGUCUCGCAUUGAAGCCCUGAAGGCCACAGCCAUGUCCUUGUCCAACCGUAUAGAGAGUGAAGCGUGUAAGCUUGCUGGGGAGGGCUUUAAUUAUGGAUUAACAACUGCUGUGGAUGUGGACACCAUACUGGCACCAAGGUCCUCGCACACAUGUGGUGAGGACCGUGGCUGGACUGCAGUUGAAAGUGAGGACAUGGCUUUUAGUACUGAAAGAAUGUCUGGAACCAGAAGUAUGUACAAUAGGACAGCUUUUCCCGAACAAGAUUUUGUUCUCUUUAAGGCUCCAACAGAAAGGAAUAGGAGGGUCAACAGCCAGACUCUCCCAAAAUCAGGCUCAGUUAUUGGUUCUUUUCAAGACAUAAAGUGGUUGGCCAAUGACUUGGAGAAAAAUCCAAAGACAAACAGACAACAGUAUGACGCACCAUGUAUAGAGGAUAAACACCUAGAUAGACAUGAUAGCUCAGGGUCCAUCAGUGAAGGUCCCUUAAGUGAAGGGAGUCUCACUGAUGGCGACCACAGCUCUCCUCCACCUGCAAAUGCAUUUAGGCCUAUUGGCCACCAGGGGGCAGUGCAGCACUCUGUAAGAAAAAGUCACCAACGUCUGUCAGAGUUCCAAAAGGAUGCUGAGAAAUGUGCAGCUCUCACUUCACUACUUGCUCAUCAGGAAAACUCAAAACCGGCCUGGGAAGAGUUUAACAAAGGAAGCCCUUUAAGCGUUAUUAAUAUUUUCACCAAAAGCCUUCAAGGAAAUGUUAAAGUUGGAGACAUGUAUUCAGAGAGGAACUCUCCUGCGCAUCUGCAGCCCUCGGGUAGUCAUGUUGCAGAUUUAGAUGACUUUGUGUCCACUCAAAGCAGCGGAACCGGUGGCCCAAAGGACUUCAAUGCAUUGCGUUCUGAUAACCAUUAUGAAGAGUUGUUGAGGCGGUCUACAGGAGGCAGUACAACCCAUCAUUCAUCUGUGCGAUCGUCACAGCAUUCGUCUUGCUCCACACCUGGAUCUUCACCUCGUUCAAAGAAUUCUACCAAAAUAAGAGGCAAGAUUUCAGAUCAGAGUGAUGCUACUUUGGUGGAGGAGCAUAUAAAUUCUCCUCCUUCAGAAGCACUAUCGUCUGAAUGCAGAAAAAGUUCUGAUGUGGUCAAGAAGAUGUCUCCACCAUCCAAGCUUAGGCAAUCCCCUUCUGGUUCCCUGGAUCAUAGUUCUGUGGAGUCAGAUUCCUUUAGCGAACCCUUUAGUAGAAGCACUGCAGAAAAGGCAGCUAACACAAACACGGCAGCGUACUCUGGCCUGGUAGAAGUCGAGGCAUCAGGUGAAUUGCAGUAUUCUCCUGCAGUUCUACAGCAGCGGCUGGCCGCAGAACUCCAUUACCUGGAGUCCAUUGAAGAGUCUGUGCGGCAACUGGGUGACAUAGAACGACUGAUGUGUGUCUCUGUAGCUCAACAUGAAAGUGCUUCCUUGACCCAAAUGCUUAAGUCCAAGCAACAACAACAUGAACAGGAAUUGUAUGAAUUAAAGAUCAAGACCGAGAGAGAAGCUCUUGAGACAAAGCUGCAAAUGGAGGAAAACCGGCAGAGAGCUGCCCAGGCCCAUAUAGAACUGCAGGAAGGUUUGGCUGCAACUCACAAGGAGACCCUGGAAGGCCUCCAGGAGGCAACAACAAAGAUGAUGAGUCAACAGGCUGAGGCAGCACGGUACACAGCUGACACUGCCCGGCACAUCAAAGAAAUGACAGAAAUGGCACAUGCUCAUUUGAUGACUUAUAACCCUGCUUCUGUGCAUACUUCUGAACUACUGAAGGAAAAGCCUCACUUGAGGACCAAAGAUAAAGCCAAUCUAAGUUAUGAAUCAAGUAGAACCAUAACAGAUGAGCACCCCUCUGAUAAUUCUGACUCUGAAUCCUUCAGAAGUCUUGGACUCAGUGAACCUGACCCAAAUUAUCUCCACAGUUUAUCUUCUGAGCAUAAGGAAAGGAGGCAUGAGCCACCUAAAGAGAAGUCUUAUAGAGCAGAGGGCAGCAUUUCCAUUGAGGAUGAAGUUCCUACAGCUGCAAAUGAAUCUCUCUGCAGUAACAGUAUUCUAUCAGCUGUGGAAGAAAAAGGCGACACUACAUCAGUUGCAACAGAGUAUUCUCACAAGUUUGAGGAUUCAAUAACUGAAGAUGAGAUUGAAGAACGAUCCUUCCGCUCCUUAUUACCAUCUGAGGCCCAUCGCAGAGAGAGUUUGGACAAGAAGUUGCAGCAACACGAUGAAUCAGAGGAAGAUGGUGCAUGCCACAAUGGUAGACCAUCUUUGGUGGCUCACAACAUUCUAAAGCACCAAGAGGUGUCAUCAGCCUUCUCUGGGGGACAGGACAGCUUCUCUCAUUUCACUAUGGAAAUGGUUCGUCAGUACAUGAGGGAUGAAGAGGUCAGACUGCAGCAUCAAAGCGCAUUGCUGCGUCUCCGUCAAAAAGCCCUCAAAGAAAAAACAUGCACUGAACUGGCCUGGCUGGAACACCAGAAGAAAAAACUGAGGGACAAAGGGGAGGAUGACAAAAUGCCUCCUAUAAAGAAGAAACAGAGAGGCCUUCUGCUCAAACUCCAGCAAGAGCAGGCGGAGAUUAAGCGGCUGCAGGAGGCCAACAAAGCUGCACGAAAGGAGAGGCAGCUGCUUCUGAAGCAACAGGAGGAGAUCGAAAGAAUGAGGUCGUCCACUCUCAAACUCAAAGAACGCCUUAGGAGUGCCGCCACUGAAGCGCCCUCUGAGACAUCUUUAUCCGAAGUGGCAUCGUCCACCUUGGAAAAUACAGAUCCAAAUGUCCGCAGUCCUUCUCCCCCUGUUUCUAUAUCUGGAAGUGAGACAAGCAGCAUCAUGCAGAAGCUGAAGAAAAUGCGCUCUCAAAUGGAUGAAAAGUUCCUUACCAAACGUGAGCAGCAGCUGAUGCAGAGGCGUCGCCAUGCUGAAGAACUCCUUCAGUGGAAGCAGCGACUAGACCAGGAGGAGGCAGAAGUCCGCAAGAUGGAGAAGAAGGCCCUGGCUGCAUGGGAUGAGCAAAAAUCCCAAAACAAAGAACAUGAUGAGAGUGAAAAGGACUUCCACAUGAGUCAAAGGCAGAAAGACAUCACGGUGGAUGUUGAUCUCUCCUCAGCCACACCAGAGUCCAGUAUACACACUGAUGUGGAGACACAACAAGAGAAAACCUCCAUCCAAAGCAGUCCAGCCUACACGGAUGAUUUUACCUCAGUAUCCCCUUCACCAAACAGACAAUCUGCGCAGAAGUCAACAAUCAAAGAAAGUGUUGAUGCUUCUCCCUCAGAACAUGACCAUAUGUCUAACCAGAGACACACCACUGGCAGCCCUGUCACUAAACAAACUGAACACAUUUCAGACCAAAGUGACAUAGAGAGUCGCAUAAGGGCCCUCAAGGAAGAACUAAAAAAACGAAAGUUCACUGCCUAUCAGCUGAAAAAAGAACAGAAGAAGAGGACCAAAGAGCGACUGAAAGCAAAAGAGGCCAACCUACUGAAGCAACUGGAGACUUACAAUGACUUUAUCGAGAAGACCAAAGCAGAGUUAAACAAACAGCCAGAGUCAGCACCAGAUACCACGUCCCAAAUGACAGAUUCAGUCUCCUGUAAUACAGAUCAUCCUAAUGAUAAGACGUGUCACAGAAAAAACUCUGAAUCUGAAAGGAUACUCACCUUGGUGGACAAAGCUCUACCUGAUCAAAGUAGAUCUACGUCUAUGAAUUCAACAAUUUCUGAUGAAGAACCACCAACAGUGGCAUCAACUCCGAGACCUGACAGCCCUGACCUCAACCUUACCCCAAAAAACAUCCAAGCACAGGCACAAGAAUCACUACGUCAUAGUGUCACUUCUGAACAUGAAUCUGAAAUGCAAGAGGAGCUAAAAUUAGAAAUUAGCAAGUUGUCUAAGGAUCAAGACUCCAAGUAUCUGCUCAAGAUGGACAAGGAAAACAAAAUGGACACAGCAUCUGAAUUAAUAAAUCGUCAAUCUCCAUCAUUCAGGCAAGACCUUGAACCAUCUAAGUCCCCACCUGUACCUAUAGAUAGGUUUGUAGCAGCAGACGUUCCAACUCGCAUCUCAUCCAGUGCACACUCCCUUGAGGAAACAUCCAAAAAUGACAGUAAGCCUUCACGUCUUCUAGCUAACAGUUAUGACACCUUUGAGUCAUCAGUUGAUACAUUGUUGAGGGAAAAUAAUUCAACUGUACAACCAGCAGCUGAAAAUUCAAUUAACAAUUCAGAUCAAACCUCUUUAAAGAAGGAUGUACUUGCUUGGACUGCAUGCACUGACAGUCAUGAAGAAGAAAUACAGGAGGAAAUACCUGAGGACUUUAGCAGGCUUUCUGCAGCAAGUAAUCAUAGUCACCAGUUUAUAGAUGUGUUGAAUGCCCAGGUAAAAGAAGAGCUAAAGCCUGAUAGCAGAAACAGGGUGGACUCUACCCACUCUGCAUCUGUAACUCCUCUAGUCACAGAUGAAAUGCCAGGCUUUUGUAUCGGGGACCGUGUUGUUGUCAGUGGAGUUCAGCCUGGCACUUUGAGAUUUAAAGGCUCAACCAGCUUUGCCAAUGGCUUUUGGGCCGGUGUGGAGUUAGACAAGUCUGAAGGAAGCAACAACGGCACUUAUGAUGGCGUGUUAUACUUUGAAUGUGCUGAGAAACAUGGCAUUUUUGCUCCUCCUGACAAAGUCACUCAUCUCACAGAUAAGUUUGAAAUGUACAUGGACACCACUGAAGAUGAUGACUCUUUUCAUGAUGACAUGUCAGAGGAAGAAAACCAAAAACGUCAAAGAAAAGAACCCAAAUCUCAAACCAAACCAUGUUUUGGAAAUAAUCAAAUGUUUUUGAGGGAAUUAGGAUCAGGAGACCCAAAGGGUGCUGAUGAUUUACAGCAGUUGGAUAACGCUCUCUAUAACUCUGAGCCUCAUGAACAUCCUGUACCUAAUGGAACAAGCGUCUGGGAUUUUGGAGAAGUGUCUCCCACUCCCCUCAUAAAGGACAAUGAAAAGGUUCACCUGAGCACACAUGCUAAGCAGAAGGUUACUAAUCUCGAGAAAUCAGAUUUGGAGCUCAACAAUCAGCUCGUGAUUUCUUCAGACUUGAAGAGUGAUGAGGGGCUAAAGGACAAACUCGGCUCAUUGGCGGAUAAAAUGCUGGAUAACUUUGUAAAAGACACAUUGCAACAAUUUGCAGAUCUAAAAAAAUUAAAAGCCAAAAAGAUACAUGAUGCCAGCCAGAUCAAUGGAAAUGUGUUUGAAGAGGCUUUGGCUUCCUCAGUGGAUCAGAAAGAUGGCCUGCCUUUUUUUCUUACUCAAGAAAAGGAGGAAAUGUCUUCUCCUGAACUGUGCACUCGCCCAGAAAGCCCUGUGCUGGGGCUGAGUGGACAAGAGGAGCUGGCCAAGCGUUUGGCCGAACUGGAACUGAGUAGAGAGCUGGAUGAGUUUGGUGAUGAUCAGGACUGGUUUGAUGAAGACUAUGGCCUCAGCUCUCGUCGAGAACAACAGAGACUUAAACAGAAACAGAGGGAGGAAGAGGAGCAGGCCAAGCUCGGAGGUCAUUUUGGGAAGACUGUCCCUUCACCAGGGGACCAGCAGGUGAAAACUCCCCCUAGGCCAGAGCUUCCUCACCCCAUGCCUCCAAAACUACCCGAGGAGCCUGCUAUGGUGGUACCUCACUCUGCUGCAGAGAUAGAAAAGAUGACCCACGCUGCAGCUUUGGAGAUCUGGACAACCUGUGGCCUGGACAAGGAGGGAACUACAGCCCUCACACAGCAGCAAAAACCCAAUCCCUCACAAGAAUAUUUAGGUAAAGAGCCCAACAGUGAGGACCAGGAAGCUGUCUGUCUGAGGAGCUAUAAAACGGCUGUGUUUGAUCUGACUUGGGAGAUCCUUCAGGACGUCUUUGCUGAAGAUCCCAAUGUCGACCAACCGCAGUGGGUUAAGCCGCAAAGAGUCAAGUCCUCAUCUUUCCACAAAGUGAGAACAGCGGGAGACAUCAGCAGAAUCCAGAAAUUUGUUACUACUGAAGUACUGAAGUUGUAUGGUCUUGCAAAGGAUCAAUACCAAAGAACCGACUGGCCAAAAAUGCUCAAAUUUGGUCGAAAGAAGAGAGACAGAGUCGAUAAUAUUCUGGUGCAAGAGCUUCAUGAGGAAGAGUCUCAGUGGGUCAAUUAUGAUGAAGAUGAGCUGUUUGUUAAAAUGCAGCUCGCCGACAGCAUCUUUGACGCUUUGCUCAAGGACACAGCAAAUGUGCUCACUCAGAUUUAUGACAAAAGGUCCAGAAGAAAAAGUGUUUCCUGAUGACAUUCACUGCAAAAAUACAAUAAUGAUCCUUUCCUAAAUCCAGUGGACAAGCAGAGUUUAACCACUUUGUUCUCCAGCUGUUAUGUGCCAUUGUCAGCCCUCAAAUGCCUUUAGACUCAGCGUUACCUCUCAAAGUACCGGUAGUUUCUACGAUAUCGUUGCUGGAAAACCCUUGUAAUAUGUGAGCAUUCUUAAACACAAUCACCUCACACCACUCAGCCUUUUAAUAUCCCUUUAUUUUCAUCAAGUUGCUGCUUUUCCACAUUUUCAAACUUUUCGCAAUAAUUUACGAGUAAACUUGAACAUUUAUAAAAAAAGUUAAAUAUUUUAAUAACUCUUUUUAACUUUUCACAAGGACAACCAGUGUAAAUUUGUACUGCUAUUUUUGGUGUUAUUAAUGCUAUUUCACAGUAAUAACUGUCAAUGGAUUAACUACGAUUAUAGAUAUUAGGACGCAUAGUUAAGUGAAAGGAUAAAGAAACUCUUAAGGAUUUGAGUCUUCAGAAAAAUGCAGUUUGUUUUCUGGAGCCCCUCAUCCCAAAAGUACAUUUUCUUUUUACACAGGUUGUCUUUGUCAAUCUCUAAAAAGGUUAGGUGAUUGUAAGGCUUGUCAAAAAUGUAAGAAAUGCAGAAUUUUAUAUAACUGUAGUUCUAUCCAGUAUUGGUUUACUGAGCUGCUCUACUUACGGCGUGUAUGGUAAAAGUAAACAAUUGUCUCUAGAGUAAUAUUUAUUUUCCAAAUGUAUAGAUUUUAAUAUUUGGAAUUAUAUUUGAUCUUAAAAUUAUCAAGUACUGUGUAACUGGAAAAGCACAAAGCUAAAUGUGAAUGUGGCAAUAAUAUGAUGUAGCCAGCCAACACGGUUAUUGAGAAGUAGACCAAAUGUAACAUUUAUUCAUAGGCUUGGCCAAUCACAAUAUAAUCUGGUUGUGAACCUUAUUUUGACAGUUUUGUUAAUGUAUCAGCUUUAUCUCAAAUGGUCGGUAUAAUAUUUAUCCUUCAUGGACCUGAAACAUUUACUAAAGCAAAUAAUCAUAAUCGGAGCACAAUAUAUUUUCUUAUGACUGGAUGCAUUGAGCAAAUGUUUGCAUAGGAUUGUUGCCAGUCACUCAAAAAGCCUAGUAGAGUUUCCUUAUACCCUUUGAUCCAUACAUUUGUCUUCAUAGCUCCAUUUUUGCCCAUUGCCUUAACUUUUUGUGUAAGCAGCAAUAUAUUUUACUGUGCCUCAUCCUAUAGAUAUCUUUAUUCAACUGACUACCCUCUGUUUGACCCUGCCUGUCUCUUUAAAUAUUGAACACAGUAGAUCCUUUGUAUUGAUAACUUUAAUCAGGAACUAUGUUGACAUACCGCUAACCCUGCACUGAGGAAGUUGUAACUUACAGAAGCUGGGGCCUCUCCAGAGCUAUGUUUUUUCUUUUCUUCAGCAUUUCUCUAACCCAGUGAACUGUACUUAAUCUUUCUGGCAAUGCUUGUAUAUUAUUCUUAAAUAGCCCAAUAGUUUAGGAGCACCUCAAAGUGGCCUUAAAACGUGUUCCGUGACUGGGUUAUUCUGCAAAAGUAAAAUUAUUUAAAUGAUUACAUCAAACCGUAUCAUCUGAAAUACCAAAAACCCUAAACCAGGAUUUCAAGGUUGCUGGGCUUGUCUGUGAGUUGUUGUAUGAAGUGUAUAACUGUUGUAUGAAGAUGAUUGUAACAUGGCGGAUUUGGGGUCCCCCAGUGUAACUAUGCAGUUGUCUUGUUGGUCUUGUGUAUUUAACACUUUAAAGACCAGUUGACUCACACUUGACUGUAGAUUUGCUCAUCUGUGAAGGGUUUGUGUCCUUUUUACGGUUUUAUGUAACUAUGUUCUUUCCUGUUUUUAAUGAGAAAGAAAUACUAACUGUAAUGUAAAUAUGUGUAGUUGUUAAAAUCUCCAAGAUCUGAGAUUAAUCAACUGUUGGGUCAUAAUGUUUUAAAUUGUUUGAUUAUUUAUAAUGGUGUGCUCCAUGUUAGCAAAGUGCACUUGGAGACUUGUAAUAUUCUUGUAUGGGUGUAAAUAUACUGUAACAUUAUCCAUUAUCGCCCGUUGAUAUUGUAUCUUGAAUAAACUGGGCAAUUUGUCUUUUGCAAAUAUGUACAAAGUAUAUAUAUGUUUGCUAAAUGAACUUUGGACUUGUAAAUAAAGUGUUUCCUGUUUGUUA